AUGAGGCUCACCGCAGACCUCAUUCGGGAUUCCCUUUCCUAUCUCAACCCUCUCAAGGAGCGUGAGCUUGACCUUCGAGGACACCGCAUUCCCGCCAUCGAGAACCUGGGUGCCGCCGGGCCUCACGACUCAAUCGACUUUACCGAUAACGACAUACAAGUGCUUGGCAACUUCCCCCUAUCACCGCGCAUAACGACGCUGCUGCUGGCGCGCAACCGGGUUGCCAGCAUCCAACCGACGAUUGCCAAGUCGAUCCCGAACCUGAAGAACCUGGUGCUCGCGUCAAACAAUGUCGCGGAGCUGGCAGACCUGGAUGUCUUGGGGAAGAUGUCCCGUCUGACGCACCUGGUACUGGCCGAUAACCCCGUCACCAAGAGAGAGAACUACCGCUACUGGAUCGUUUGGAAAUGCCCAUCCGUGCGCUUCCUCGAUUACCAAAAGGUCAAGGAAGCAGAGCGCGAAAGAGGGCGCGAGCUGUUCGGCACCGAGGAGGAGCCGACCGCGCUCGCCGCCAAGAUCAUGGGUAGAAAGACCAAGUUUGACGCGGCGGCCAAUGGCGAUGCGGAGCCACGCUCGAAGCUCUCAAGGAUAAAAUUGACCGACGACGAGAAGAAGAGGCUACAGGAGCGGAUCAAGAAGGCGACCAGCUUGCAGGAAAUCAUCGCGCUGGAGAAGGAGUUGAACGAAGGGCGCGUGCCGGCUGGCGUUCUCGGAGAUCCCAUGGAGGAGUAA